CCCACAAAAAAGUGUAUUUAUGUGUACACAAAUAGCAUACACAAGAUGUGAUGAGUUGUAAUAUAUUUAUUACACGUGAUUACAAUAAUUUGUUGCAGAUUUGAGGUUACAUGUAGUCUUGUUCACGUAUUGAGAAGGAAGAGUAGCUAGAGCACAUGGGCUGUAUAGUUUGAUGGGAUGGCACGCCCUUAGAAUCACAUGACAGGUGAUUGGUGGAGAGGCUUUAUGAUGAACACAUUUAUGGCAUUGGCAGCGCGAAGGCACAGUCGGGCAAGGCGCGGAGCAUCCCAUCGCUGAAGACACCACUUACAGUGCCAAGGACGUUUUUUAAAUCCAAGGUGGUCGAUAGUGUAUUUUGCAAGUUGCAGGGGAGGAAUACGCGCUGGAGAGCAAGUCUCCGAAGUCGAGGAUAUUAUAGGACACUAAGCAUAGAGGCUGAUGCAGUAGUCUGUCGCCAUGGCCUCAGAUGCAAGUCACAUGUUGGAGGCGGCCUUGGAGCAAAUGGAUGACAUCAUCGCAGGCUCCAAGGCUGCAGCCGAGUACACCAACGGCCUGUUUGAGCUGGGCUCCCCAGGUAGCGCAGGGCCCCUGCAGGUGCUGCAGCUGGUUGAGGACCUGAGGCUGGCCCUGGAGCUGCAGCCCAGAGAGGAGGAGAGGAACACCCUGAGGGCCCAGGUCCCCAGCAGCACUGCUCACAUGCUCAUGGACUGGCUGGACAUGGACAGGGGCUCAGACAGGGGCUCGGUUAACCUUCGCUCCCCGGUGAACAAUGAGAGCUAUCAGGAGCGUCUGGUUCGCCUAGAGGGGGACAAAGAGUCUCUGGUUCUCCAGGUGAGCGUGCUCACAGACCAGGUGGAGGCCCAGGGAGAGAAGAUCCGAGACCUGGAGACCUCUCUGGAGGAGCACUACCACAAACUCAACUCCACUGAGGAAAUGCUACAGCAGGAGCUGCUGAGCCGGACCUCGUUGGAGACCCAGAAACUAGAUCUGAUGGAUGAGGUUUCCUACCUGAAACUGAAGCUGGUCGGCAUGGACGAGGAACAGAACCACAACGGCAGCAGCAAGGACCAGCAGAACAAAGCUGAGUGUGUGGUAAAUCUGAUAAGCGAGCUCCAGGAGCAGAUGUGUAGGUUUCAGGAAGAGAUCCACACCCGCAUCAUGGAGAAACGGGCCAUGGAGGCCCAGGGGGAGAGUGGUGCCCGCGAGGCCCACGACCAGAGCCCUGACGUGGGCUUGGGUGGCUCUGACGUGGAGGAGUUUUGCUGUCGCUGUGGAGGACAGAAUGGCUUACUGCAAGAACUCAGGCUCCUCAAGAGUAAAGUGGAUGUGCUGGAGGGGGAGAAAUCGCAGUAUGAGAGAAAACUAAAGGCCACGAAGCUCUCUAUCUCUUACUCUCUCCAUGUGUGUUACCAGUCGCUCAUGACCAAGCUCUCUAGCCUGAAGGUCACUGUAGAGCACACUCAGGUGGAGAAGCAGCACUGGGAGGAGCGAUGGCGGACCGCUCAGGUGGAGAUAGCAGACCUACAGCAGAUACUGGCUUCCAAAGACUCUGAGAUCGAGGGCCUUCAGAGCCAGCUGGUCUCCAGAGGCCCAAUGACCAAUGAGAAUCCAGAGAGAGUGGAGGUCUUUAGGAGACUGCUGACAGACCAAUACCAAGAAUUCCAAAGGUUGAAAAUGGGGAUGGAGUCUUUGUUAGCGGCAAAUGAUGAGAAAGACCGUCACAUAGAGGAGCUCACUGUUCUCCUGAGACAGUACAGGAAGAUGAAGGAGGUGAUGGCCCUCGCACAAGUGUCCAGUGAGAAGCUCCUUGUUGGGAGCAGUGAGGAGGAACUGAGCGGGAGUCUGAAGAUGAGAGCUCUCACACAUAAAGCUCAUUCAGACAUCAUCCGUUCAGAGAUGUCUUCCAGGUGCUCCUCUCCUCUGUUAAGGUCUUCCUCAUCCUUCCAGAAAGAGCUGACCUCUAGUAUCCAGACCUCCCUGGAGACGUCCAUGGUGAUGGUCUCCCCAAGCGAUGCUGGCUGCUUCCACAACGGACAAUGGUCCCAGCCACAGAUGCUUUCAAGCAGCCUGGAGGAGUUACAAAGCGGAUCGUUACCAAAGCAUGUAGUGGGUCAACCAGUUGAAGCGUUUUCAGAGAAUCGGCACAUGGAAAUGAACAAAUAUCAGACCCUACCAGGGAAGCUGUCUCGACUGGACUUGAAUGAGGAUCAAGAGCAGUGUGCCACACCAGUCCAGCUCUCCCCUGACGAUAGCGAGGACAGUGAGUUGAACCUAAGAAAGUCGGAGAGACUGGAUGAGUCCACGCAGUCGGACCUGUCCCCCCUCUCGUCUGGAGUGGACUCAGGAAAGCAGUCUCCUGUCUCCCCAGAGAACAAGAAGAACCACCUGGGCAUCAAGAAACUCUGGGGGAAGAUUCGGAGGACCCAGUCUGGCACCCUGCAGAGAGAGGACCUUGAGCCUGGAGAGUUUAAGAGGGGGGGACUGAGAGCCACCGCCAGCCCUCGUCUGGCCCGGACUGGAGAGACGUUGACCUCUGUGUGGGAUUUGAAGACACCCUUCUCCAAGUGGACUCCGGAGCAGGUCUGUUGCUGGCUAGAGGAGACUGGGCUGGACCAGUAUGUGAUUCUGGCCCGACAUUGGGCCAACAGUGGGCAGACCCUCCUCUCCGCCUCACCACAGGACUUAGAGAAGGAAAUGGGGAUUAAGAAUCCACUGCACAGGAAGAAGUUGCAGUUGGCCCUCAAGUCCUUCAGCACCAAAAUGACUGAGAAAUCCUCUGAACUGGACCACAUAUGGGUCACACGUUGGCUUGAUGACAUUGGUUUACCUCAAUACAAGGGUCCGUUUCACGAGGGAAGAGUGGACGGCAGAAUGAUUCAGUACUUGACAGUGAAUGACCUCUUGUUCCUGAAAGUGACCAGUCAGCUCCAUCAUCUCAGUGUGAAGUGUGCUAUCCACGUCCUCCACGUCAACAAGUUCAACCCCAACUGCCUAAAGAGAAGACCUGGAGAUGAGAACAAGACUUCUCCCUCGGAGGUGGUUCAGUGGUCUAACCACAGGGUGAUGGAGUGGCUUCGCUCAGUGGACCUGGCGGAAUACGCACCCAACCUGAGGGGCAGCGGGGUGCACGGUGGCCUCAUCAUUCUGGAGCCUCGUUUUAACUCAGAUACCCUGGCCAUGCUGCUGAACAUCCCCCCUCAGAAGACCCUGCUGCGACGUCACCUGGCCACCAACUUCAACAUGCUGGUGGGCUCCCAGGCUCAGCAGGAGAAGAGGGAGUUCAUGGAGUCUUUGGGCUACGCUCCGCUCAGCACUACAGCCAAAGUCAGGCCAAAGAAGUUGGGCUUCUCAAACUUCGGCCACCUAAGGAAGAAGAGGUGUGACGAGUCAACAGACUACAUUUGCCCCCUGGAGGCGGCCCAGGUCCAGGCGGUGCUGAACGGGGCCCACCGGCCCUACUCCGGCUUCAGGGGCCUCAGCCCCAUCCUAGACAGAGACCCAGACAGACGGGAGCAGAUGGCGGUGACAGAGGGGCCCGUGCUGCAGAUAGAAGCUCUGUCUGAGGGAAUUAACCAACUCACGGGUUCCAGAGAGGAGAGAGGGGCUGGAGCUGUUCCAAACAUCAAAGGCAGACCGAUACUGGUUAUAAGGGAAACCACCCUCUAACCUAGUCCUGUAGAUAUGGGGAAGAUAGAGAGCAAACAACCAGCCCCGGACAUUCCCAAGAUAAUCU